AUGGAAAUGCGAUUGUUUAUAUUUCUCGCUGGUUUUGCAGCUGUCGUGAUGCACUCAGGUGAGGCUUUAGACUACGGCGAGGAAUUAUCUUCCCUGAACCAGUCACUUUUUAAACUCAUGGAAAAACUCAAAGAAUAUGCGAAGACCCGAAAAUCCCAUAAGGUGAAUGAUGUGGUGUUCAAUACACAUAUUAAAGAACUUCGGGAAGACAUUGUGAAACUUUUUCACGACGAUAAAUACAAAAGGAAAGAUGUUGAAGUAUGUCGUGAAGUGAUGAAAUCCGAAACGAAAAUACUUCGUAAGAAUUACCAUGAUAAUCUAAAACGAUGCCUUCGGUUCCAUCAACCUAUAAGCCAUGUUGGACACGAAAUUUCAAUACAGUUAACCGCCCGGGAGAUUCUCGAGAACAACAUUUUCCAAAUACGACAGAAACGGAACAAUCACCAGGCUAGUGAUGCGUCACUCGCUCGAGACGUCAAGAGCAUUAAGAUAGCGUACGAUACUUUAAAAAAAAAUACGGAAACUUUGAUAAAUGGAACGCACAACGCACACAAGGAAGACGCCAAGAUAUUUGAAAAAUGUCAUGGACUAACGUUCCCACAAUUCAACUCGCUCUUGUCAACUUUGAAGAUGCAAGUCCUACACUGUCUUGCACACCCACCUCCAAAAACGCCCAGCAGUAAGCCAUCCCCUGCCCGACAUUCACCUCUGACCAGUCAAGACACCUCUGAUCAAGAUUUAUCAGACGAGCUGGGUGACGAUGAAUUAAUACCAUCAGAAGAACUCUGGGAUGUUACAAGAACCUCAAAUAAUGUAUCACCUGGAUCUCCAGCUGACCCGUGGACAAUACUCAUUACAAAAAGCCAGUCGAAACCUACUGCUGCAUCUGAAUCCACAGCAGUUCCACGCGAAAAGAUGAGGAAAAACGAUCCAAAGUCUGGUUCUGAUUCCCAACCGUCUAAAGCACGAGUGGCACUGGUGGUGUCCACCCUUGCAUCGGAGACCGACGAAUCAGAAGAAGUGAGGGUCGAUGCCAACAUGAGUGAGUCCAAAAACUUCUCAGCUAUCUCCAUAGAAACUGCCGACCUGACGGUUGUUGUUACCAUAAAGCGGCGAAAUUCCUCUGAUGGACGCGUCUCCACGAACGGCGCGUCAACACAUUGUGAAGCUGCACCGAAAUCCUUCAUUGCAGCUCAUCUAUCGCCACCAGGAUCCAAUCCCAAGACUACAAUGCGACCCUCACACUGCGUUCUAUCAGGCAAUUUGACGCAAUAUUUAUUAAUGACAGUUAUCACUGUACUGUUAAUUUAUUAUUAUCAUUUCAAUAUUCAUUUCGUUUCAACUCAAUCCCCGUAA